ACCCAGUAUAAAAAAAUGAAAUUUUCAGGUUUUAAAAGUGCGGAGCUUUUUAAGCCCUAAGCAUUUGAGACUCGCAGAAAGCCUACAUGAAUGGCACUCCUCUCGUCUCUCGUCCUUCUCUCGUCGCUCGCGGCCUGUCACAGAAGGAACAAGCAGGGAGACCGAGGCGCAUAAUGAAAAGAAACCGACAAGAAAGGCCGCCCAGCAUCGAAGAGAACAAGGAAACCGACAAGAACAGCCAUCAGGCAACAAAGGGGGACCAGCUGUCGCUUUCGACAUGCUGGACGCAUCUCGUCGCUCGUGCCUUCUUCUCUCGUCCCUCGUUCUUCUCUCGUCGCUCGUUGCCGGUCACAGAAGGAACAAGAAGGCCGAGGUGC